AUGGCAUUGCUAACAUCAGCCUGUGAAAGAUUAAAGAGUGAAAGGCCGUAUGUAUGUUAGUUCAUUGGAUUUCUAAACAUUCUAAAUUUAUAACAUAUUUUUUGACGUUUUCGUAUCUCCUUUAAUUUUAAUACCACUUAAUUAAAACCCCUCCAAAUAUUGCUGAUCAAUGGAAAAUUAAUGAUAGCCUACAAUACGAUGUAGAUACAUCAUUACUUUUAACAUUAGAUGCAUGUUCUUUAUGUGUGUUUAUAGGGGCCUCAAAUCCGCAAGAGUUCCAGCAGGCCAGAUCAUGAAACAUCUAUGGAAGAAGUGGACUACAACGAUGUAAUGAUUAGUUUUGAUGUCCCACCACAGUUGUCGGAAUCUUCUAUUGAAGAUGAAACUGUAAGACAGUAUGACGAUAUGCCAAUGGUCACAAUGUACGAAGUAGUAGAAGAAGGGUCACAGAAAGGAAAGAAAAAAUUGGCGGACAGCGAAGGCUAUACAUAA